CAGCGGGCGCGCUCUCGGGACCGCGGACUCACGGGCCCCCGCGCCCGGACCUCAAGGAUCACCUGCCGGGCGGGCGUGGUGCGAUGCUUCGGGUGCGGUGUCUGCGCGGCGGGAGCCGCGGCGCGGAGGCGGUGCACUACAUCGGGUCUCGGCUUGGAAGAACCUUGACAGGAUGGGUGCAGCGAACUUUCCAGAGCACCCAGGCAGCUACGGCUUCCUCCCGGAAUUCCUGUGCAGCUGAUGACAAGGCUACUGAUCCUCUGCCCAAGGACUGCCCAGUCUCCUCGUACAACGAAUGGGACCCCCUAGAGGAAGUGAUAGUGGGCAGAGCAGAAAACGCCUGUGUUCCACCGUUCACCGUGGAGGUGAAGGCCAACACAUACGAAAAGUAUUGGCCAUUUUACCAGAAGCAUGGAGGCCAUUAUUUUCCCAAAGAUCAUUUGAAAAAAGCUGUUGCUGAAAUUGAAGAAAUGUGCAAUAUUUUAAAAAUGGAAGGAGUGACAGUGAAGAGGCCUGACCCCAUUGACUGGUCAGUACAGUAUAAAACUCCUGAUUUUGAGUCUACGGGUUUGUAUGGUGCGAUGCCUCGAGACAUUCUGAUAGUUGUGGGAAAUGAGAUUAUCGAGGCUCCCAUGGCCUGGCGCGCUCGCUUCUUUGAGUACCGCGCAUACAGAUCAAUUAUCAAAGACUACUUCCGCCGUGGCGCCAAGUGGACAACCGCUCCAAAGCCCACAAUGGCUAAUGAGCUUUAUGACCAGGAUUACCCCAUUCAUUCUGUAGAAGACAGACACCAGUUGGCUGCUCAGGGAAAAUUUGUGACAACUGAAUUUGAGCCAUGCUUUGAUGCUGCUGACUUCAUUAGAGCUGGAAGAGAUAUUUUUGCACAGAGAAGCCAGGUUACAAACUACCUGGGCAUUGAAUGGAUGCGUAGGCAUCUUGCUCCAGAUUACAGAGUGCAUAUCAUCUCCUUUAAAGAUCCCAAUCCAAUGCAUAUUGAUGCCACCUUCAAUAUCAUUGGACCUGGUCUUGUGCUUUCCAACCCAGACCGACCGUGUCACCAGAUUGAUCUUUUCAAGAAGGCAGGAUGGACCAUAGUUACUCCUCCAACACCAGUCAUCCCAGAUGAUCACCCACUCUGGAUGUCAUCCAAAUGGCUUUCCAUGAAUGUCUUAAUGCUGGAUGAAAAACGAGUUAUGGUGGAUGCCAAUGAAGUCCCAAUUCAAAAGAUGUUUGAAAAGCUGGGUAUCAGCACCAUCAAGGUUAACAUUCGUCAUGCCAAUUCCCUGGGAGGAGGCUUCCACUGCUGGACCUGCGAUGUCCGGCGCCGAGGCACCCUGCAGUCCUACUUUGACUGACCAUGCCUGAUGAGGCGUGUCCUCAGAUAAACCUAGGAAGUGUAGGACAAGGUUCAUUCUCCUGCUUUAAAGAGUGCAUGAACUGUAGUGCUUUAAACAAUCAUCUCCUUAACAGGGGUCUUAAGCCUGGUUUAUUUUUAUUCCUUUUCUUUGUUAUAAGAAAAAUAACUUGUGUUAGAUCUUACUCUCUACUCCUAAAUUUAUUUGCUAUUUGGCUUCAGGCAUAAAAAUUUGGUGAAUGUGUACCAAGACAGAAAUUAGUCCUUUGAGUAACUUGGCUGCUAAUAUUUAACCAUCUACCUCUGUUUUUAAUUGUUUUUCCAAAGGCAGCUUGAACUGUUGGUUCUAAUCUUUUUUUUUUUAACUUUUUGCUACACUUGUGAUAUAUCACUUCUUUCCUGAAUGAAAGAUUUAGAAUGUUCACAAAUCUUAAGUAGAACCAGAUAAUUGUCUCUUUCUAAUAAGGAAUUUUGGUAAUUUUUUUAAAAGUAACCUAGACUUUGCAAACAUUUAAGUGAAUUUUCCAUGAAUGUUUUUAAUAUUCUCAUCUCAACAUUGGUGACAGUUGCUACUAAAAACCUUUUCAUAUAACUUACCUCAUUUUAAGUGAUUUAAUCUCUUUUUCUUCUAAAAUUUCACAGGAACAUUUAGUGCAAUAGUAAUUAUCAGUUCCCAUCUCUAAAUUUUGAUAUUCAGUAUCUAAUGGAUACAUUGCAUCUGUGGUAAUCUAAGAUGUGUUUACAGAUGUGCAAAUUAUUUAAAGUGCAGGCUUUAAUAGCAUUAAAAAAACUAAUAAAGGUAAAAACCUACAUGUGAUGUGAAAUAAUUUUAAUGUUCAAUACUGUAUGCAUAUUUUUAUUCUAAUAAACUUUUGUGUUACAGAAUGGA